AUGGAAUACGCACGUCUAGGGGACUCAGGCCUCAAGGUCUCAAAGAUAAUACUAGGGGCUAUGACAUUCGGCGCCCCCGAAUGGCAGGGCUGGGUACUGAAUGAAGAAGAAUCCCUACCACUUCUUGAACACGCCUACAAGAAAGGCAUCAGAACCUGGGAUACGGCCGACAUGUACUCCCAUGGCAAAUCCGAAGAAAUCGUGGGAAAGGCUCUGAAGAAAUACAACAUCCCCCGUUCCCGCGUGGUAAUCAUGACCAAAUGUUACUUCGGUGUAGACGAUCAGGGGAACUAUCCUCCGCCUCUGACGACCGGGCGGCAGAACGAGGGUGACUUCUUGAACCGCGUCGGUCUUUCUCGCAGACACAUCUUGGAGGCUGUUGAUGCCAGUGUUGAGCGGCUGGGAACGUAUAUCGACGUGUUGCAGAUCCACCGUCUGGAUCGAGAGACACCACGCGAGGAGAUUAUGAGAGCGCUGAACGAUGUCGUCGAAAGCGGCAAGGUUCGAUAUAUCGGCGCGAGUUCGAUGGCCGCUUGGGAAUUCCAGACCCUCCAAAACAUCGCCAUCCGCAACGGCUGGCACAAGUUUAUCUCCAUGCAGAACUACCACAACCUCAUUGCCCGCGAGGAGGAACGAGAAAUGAUCCCGUACUGCCUGGACAGCGGCGUGUCUCUGAUCCCCUGGUCGCCUGUCGCGCGUGGAGUCCUCGCCAGACCGUGGAAUUCUCGCUCGACCGUGCGCGAACAAACUGAUGUUGGGCUACGUAUGUUUAUUCGUGCGCGCGAGACCGAGGCCGACAAGGCUAUUGUUGAUCGCGUGGAAGAAUUGGCGGGCAAGAAGGGCCUCAGCAUGGCACAGGUUGCUAUUGCAUGGUUACUGAGUCACCCCAGCGAGUACCCUAUCGUCGGGCUGAACACGAAGGAUCGCAUUGAUGAGGCGGUUGCGAGUGUCCAGGUCAAACUGACGCCGGAAGAGAUUCAGUAUCUUGAAGAACCGUAUGUCCCAAAGGCUAUCCUUCCGGGGGAGCGAUAA